AAGUGGGGGGCACAAAUACGAGUAAAUCUUAUUCUGCAGAAUUACAAUGCCAAGAACCAAGUUAUUAGGCAUGCAGCAUUACAUUGUGGAUUUCUGCUAAACUGUUAUUAAUCAUGCCCCUGAGGUCAAUAUUGGCCCACCCUGGGUCACUUGAUCUAUAUAGAUUUGUACAGGAAAACACAUUUAAGUCUUAUUGUGUGCAACUACAAAGCCCAGAGCUUGGAUAUUUGGCAUGUAGCAUCAAUUUGUAAAUUUCUCCAAAAGUUAUAUUAAUCAUUACCCUAGGGUCAAAACUGACCCUGUCCAGGUAGUCACUUGCUUUAUGCAGACUAAGAUAUAGGAAAACACAUCAUUCUAAUUGUGGAUAAAUUAACUAUGCCUCUGUAUUUGACGUAGCAUUGCCUUGUUACCUCAAUAAAAGUUUUAUGUAGCAGGCGACACAAAAAGGACAAUACAAACUACUGACUAUUUAAAAUAUCAGUUAUAAAGAUUUUUUAGUCAUAUAUUAUUAAACAGUUAAUGUAAACUUAAUGUAUAUGACCCAUGCUGCUUAGCUUAGAAAAAAGCUUACAUAGCAAGAGACCAUUUUUUAUACACAGCCAUGCAAAGUUAUAAUAGAGCAUAAUUUCUUCAUUUGGGGAAAAUGCAAAAUAACUCUUAACUAUACAGUUGUUGUGUAGAUUAAUUUUAUAAAUGUCUCAAUUAUUCAAUAAAAGCGAUGUUACAAUCAUACUUAAAACAAAAAAUCUUUAAACAUGAACCAAACAGAUUGAUCAUAAUCAAACUUGGCUUUAUUAAGUUGUGAAAAAAUAAAUCCAUCCAAAUAGUGUUUUUCUUGGUUUUAAAAAAAAUGCAAUAUCAAUAUCAAUUAUGUUAUAAAAAUAACUUUUAAAGAUAAUUCAAUAUUAAAAUAAAAUUGCUCAUUUUUUUUUUUUCAAUUUACAAAAUUCGAAACAGAAAUGCACAAUUUGAAUGCUAAAAUUUUAAAUACUUGAAUAAAUAAAAUGGUGUAUUGAAUUUCUUCUUGUCUUCACAAUACACUUAUUUCCCUUGAUCAAUAUAUACUUACUACCUGUAUAAUAUAAAAAAUAAAUAUAAUCAAGUUUUAAAAGUUUAUAAAAUCAAUAUGUCUAUUUAUAGGAUUUAAGUAUGUUGAAGCAUGUACUAUCAAUUAUAAUAUUCAAACUUAACGAAUACCGGUAGUCAAAUGCUUUUUUCCUCUCAUAAAUACAAUGGAUAGGAAAAAAUAUUCAUUUUAUCUUUCUGAAGCAUUGAAUGCCCUUGGAUUCAGUUAUGAGUGCAUUAAACAUAGACAGAAAUCAUGGGAACUUUGUGGUGACUAUCUUACUGCUGAUGAAGAUGAAAAUGUUACAGAUCUGAUUGCUGGGAGUAAAGCUGAAGGAGUCAGCAGAGUUUUUGAGGGAGACUAUGACCUGAUGGUGUCUCUUAAUAAUUUUAUAUGCUAUGGAAGCAAAGAUGACAUGGCUAUCAAGGAUGAUACAGUACUAGACAAAAAUAACCACUUUAAGGGUGAAACUACUAUUCUUUAUCAAAGAGCAAACCAGAACUCAGACAACCUAGAGGAACAGGAAAAAGAAACCUAUGCAGCUGAUAAUAUUCAAUGGCAUUUUGAUAUGUUAAAUGAUCCAGAUGAAACUAUAACAGUGAAAGAUAUCCCACAAAAUGAAGUCGCUUGCCGAAAACUUGAUAAAUCUGAUACAAAAAAUCAGAUUGAUGGUAUUUUUUUAAUGGACACUGAAAACGUAUCACCUGGUUAUACAAUAUUAAAAGUGAUGCAUUUAGAAGAAAAGAAAUUACUGGACACACAAAUACAAGAACAGGUAGCUCUAGCUUCUGCAAAGGUGGACAGAAAUGGAUCAUGUAUCCUUUCAAGUAAAGUGUUUUCUGAUAAAGCUUAUGAAUGUGAUGAAGACGAGUACACGGAAUCAGUUGCCGGGCCAGCUGGCCGAAGUGACGCUAAUAAAGAUUUGGGUAUUAUUUGUGAUUCAGACUCAGUUUUCUGCAUACCAUGUGUUUGCAAAGCAAUCAACAAGUCGUGGUCAGAAAGGAGGAGAAAGUUUGGGUGGCCAGGAAGGGAGGUUAUAGAUGAGGUCUCAAAACUUGAUGGACAUGUUGUUCCAGUUGGAUUCAAAGGUAGUGAAACAAGCAAUAUUGAAUGGAGGAUAUGUUACACUUUAUCCGAAAUAAAACUCAUUCAGUCUUUCAAUGAAACACAAAUAAAGCUUCAUGCCCUCAUCAAAAUUGUAGGAAAGAAAAUUCUUCAUCCAAAAUGUCCUGACAUCACAUCUUACAUUUUGAAAAAUCUGUUACUUUGGAUGGCUGAAAAGAUUCCCACAGAAUGCUUCAUAAUCGAAAAUCUAUAUGGAUUACUGAUGGUGGCACUCAAGUAUUUGAGACAUACAAUAAUGGAGAGAAAUUUACCAAAUUACAUGAUACCAAAGAGAAACUUAUAUUUUGGAAAACUGCCAGAAGAAGAAAGAAAAGAAGUUUUAAAUGUGUUGGAUGAUGUGAUUAGUUGUAAAUGUGCCUUUAUAGAAUCAUAUGAAGAAUUUUCAAUCUUUUCUAGGUAUAUUCGUAUAGCUGUAAAUGACCACCAUUUAAUACGAUACAUGGAAUCCAACAGGCUAAAUUUAGAAAUUCUAUUCCGACAAAACUGGCGUGAAAUAUGGGAAGACAGAGUAUACAACUUUUUGCCACUUUGUCUAGAGCAAUCUCCAUGCCUGAAAGCAAUUGUUUCAUUGUGUGACAUGGUAAAUGCAAGUUCUAAAAUAAAACAAAUUGUUGUUGAGAGAGUAUUUUGGUGGGUCACUGGCAGGAAUGAUGGUGAAGCAGUGAAGGCUGACGAAGCAUGUGUUGCAAAUAGCGAUGCCUAUUGGAAGUGGGAUGAAAAUGGUGUUAUAAGACCAAUAUAUUAUGACAAAAUACUCAACAAAGAACAAAUUGAUGAAUUUUUUCAUGAUAAAUAAAAAAAUACAUGUAAAUGUUACUGUGUAUAUUUGGGAUAAAGUUAACUUAAGCUUUAACAAGAGCUGUCGGUAGGACAGCAACGCUCGACUAUUCUUAGUGCUUGAUAGUAAAAAAAAUGCUUGAUAGAGUUACCUCCUCCUGUUUACAGGUUGGGGUCAUGAUGGUGAACAAGUGUGCAAAGUUUCAAAGCCAUAUGUCAAUGGACU